AUGUCAUAUACAGCACAGCUAGACGCGUUUGUAUCUAGAAUUAAUGACAAUAAAACUGAUUACACCAAACAACAUUCAAUAUUAUCAGAAUUAUUAGAUACUAUAGAAACAUUUAAUGGAGCCGCUGAAUAUGAAUACUUUUUAACUCAUUUAAUCCCAAUCUUUAAUAAGACAUUGAAUGAUACUCCCAUUUCAUUUAUUAGUUCAUCUCCUGAACAUAAAUUACGUAAUUCUAUAUUAGAAAUACUUCAUAGAUCAAUUAUGAAUGAAACUUUUCAACCUUUUGCUGAAGAUAUUUUAAAUACUUUAACUAAAAUAUUAAUUGAAGAAAAUGAAGAUAAUGGGGUAUUAUGUAUGAAGAUUAUUACAAGUUUACAUAAAGCUUAUAAAUCUAAAUUAGCUGAUAAAGUUAAACCAUUUGUGGAAAUUAUUGGACAAAUCUAUGAUAAUAUGCCAAAAACAGUUCAAGAGGUUUUUAAUCAAGAUACAACAACAACAACAGCUGAUGAAGAAGAACAAGACAAAUCAACAACUGACAUUUCACCAUUUGAAGAAACCCCAACAGCUUCUAAUAAAUCAUUGAGAAAAGCCAUGUUUUCUUUCAAAACAUUAGCUGAAUGUCCUAUAACCAUGGUUUCAUUAUAUUCAUCUUACAAAGCAUUAGUUCAAUCGUCCCUUUCAAUCUUUUUACCCAAAAUAAUCACCAUAUUGACAUUGCAAGUUGAACAACAAAAGCAAUAUAGACAAGAAUCACCAAAUCAAAUAGUCACUUCCAUUUCCCCCAAAAUUACUAAUCGUCAAGCAUAUUCUGAUUUCAUCUUGGGACAAGUCAAAGCUGCUUCAUUUUUAGCAUAUGUGUUUAUUAGAGGAUAUGCCAAUCAAUACUUAAAUUCUGAACAAUCAAAAUCAGUCCCUGAUGUGAUCUUACGUUUAUUACAAGAUUGUCCUGCUGAAUUAUCAGUUGCACGUAAAGAAUUAUUACAUGCCACAAGACAUAUUUUAUCUACUCCCUUCAGGGUUCAAUUCAUUCCCCAAAUCGAAUUAUUAUUCAAUGAAAAGAUCUUAAUUGGUGAUGGAUUAACUUCUUAUGAAACUUUAAGACCAUUGGCAUAUAGUACAGUUGCUGAUUUUAUUCAUAAUGUGAGAAAUGAAUUAACACCAAAACAAAUCUGGAGUACUGUGAAUAUUUAUUGUGAUUUAUUAAAAGAUGAUAGUUUGGCUUUGACUGUACAAAUCAUGAGUGCGAAAUUACUAUUGAAUUUAGUGGAAAGAAUUAUGAAAUUACCUAACAAAUUGGAAGGAAGACAAUUGUUUUUGAUUAUUAUUGAUUCUUAUGCUAAGAGAUUUGAAAGCUUGAAUAGGAAAUAUAAGUUUAUUAUUGCCAAACAUAAGGAAUUUGAAAGAAAGAAGGGAUUGAAAGAAAAAGAAGCAAAAUUGGCUAUUGAAAGAUAUUCUAAGAAACAACCUGAAAGUAAAUUAGUUGAUGAGGAUAAAAUGGAUGUUGACCAGGAAGAAGUUGUGAUUGAUGAGGAUGAAGAUAAGAUGGAUGAGGACAAGAAGAUUGAAGAAGAAGAACCAGAAAAGAAAGAAGAAGAGGACGAUGAAGAAACUUUCCCACUCGAUUUAUUCAAUAUUGAUUCUCAUUCGCCAAUUGCAAGUUAUCCAGUUACAAGUAAUACUGAUUUAUUGAAAGAUGCAAGAUACUUAUUUAAAACAUUGAUGACAUUUUUGAAAUCAGUUAUUUUCGGGUUGAAGAACUGUAAUCCACCAGUUCCACCACAACCUACACCAGAUCCAAAGAAUCCAGGUCAACAGGUCAAUUAUGAUAAGUGGAAUGAUUCAGCAAAAUUAAUCUCCUACGAAGAAGUCAAUAUCUUAAGAGCAUUAUUUAGGGGUGGUAUAACUUGUCUUAGAUUCUUUUCAGUGUCCAAACCAAAACCAUCAAUCCAACAAGCUAAAGCAUUCGAUUUCUCAACUGGUGGACCAAAUUUACCAAUCACUUCAUCAAAAGAAGAAAAAGAUUUAAUGGAAAUCUUUGCCACUAUUUUCAUUCAUGUUGAUCCAGCUUCAUUUAAUGAAAUUGUUAGUUCUGAAUUACCAUUUAUGUUUGAAUCAAUGUUGGAAAAUGCAGCUUUGUUACAUUUACCACAAUUCUUUUUAGCUAGUGAAGUUACACUGGCCAAUUUUUCAAGUAUUUUGAUUUCAUUCCUUCGAGAUAAUUUAGAUCAAUUGGGACUGGCAGAUUUGAUUAAAUCAAAUAUCUUGAUUCGAUUGUUUAAACUUUGCUUCAUGUCGGUUAAUUUAUUUCCCACAACUAAUGAAACUGUGAUAUUACCUCAUUUGAAUUAUUUGAUUUUGGAAUCAUUGAAAUUAGGUACAAAAGCUGAAGAGCCAAUCGUAUAUUCAUAUUUAGUUAGGAUUUUAUUCAGAAGUAUUAGUGGUGGAAGAUUUGAAAACUUAUAUAAAGAAAUCAUGCCAAUUUUGCCUGUUUUAUUAGAAAAUCUCAACAAAAUGAUUGCCAACACCAGAAGACCAUAUGAAAGAGACAUAUACGUUGAAUUAUGCUUAACUGUCCCUGUUAGACUUUCAGUCCUUGUCCCCCAUCUCAACUACCUCACACGUCCAUUAGUAUAUGCAUUGAAUGGAUCGCAAGAAUUAGUCAGCCAAGGAUUACGUACUUUCGAAUUAUGUGUUGACAACCUUACUGCAGAAUAUUUCGACCCCAUGAUUGAACCAGUUAUUGACGACAUUAUGGCAGCAUUAUGGAAACAUUUAGAACCAGUCCCUUAUCAUCAUCAACAUUCUCAUACUGCUAUUAGAAUCUUGGGUAAAUUAGGUGGAAGAAAUCAUCGUCAUUUCAAACCAGGGGAAAAAUUAGCAACUCAAUCUGAAUUGGAUCAAGAAGUUAAAGCAUUAUUCACAAUACAUGGAUUGAAUGGACAAGUACCUAUUUCGAUCACUCCUGGGGUUGAAUCAGCUAUUAAAUUGUUGGAAGAUGUUAGGUUGAAGGAACAUUAUAGGAUUAGUGCAUUUAAUUAUUUAGCUUCCAUUUUGAAGUUGUUCAUUAAUAAUUCGAGAAUAGAUGAAGGAUUUGUGGGAUAUAUCGAACAAGCUAUUGAGGUUUUAAAACUGGAUAAAUUGGAAGAUCAUACAGGAACAGAUCAAGAAGCUAAUGGCGGUAGUAGUGGUAGAAUUAAUGGAAUGGAAUUAGAACCUUCAGGAAUUAAAGAUCUGGCUAAAUUAGAUAGACAACAGAAAUUAUUUUCGAAAUUGUUAGAAAUGAUGUUUUAUUCAGUUUCGAUUCCAGAAUUGAAACAAGAAGCUAGUGAAUUGAUUGAUGGAUUAACUACUCAUUUUACAUUACUUCAUUUGGGUACUUCUGUAAUUGACCGUAUCAAGAAAGAAAGAAGGUUUUCGGUGAAUGAUAAUGAAGGAAAAGCCUAUAUUAGUGAAACUGUUUUCUUGAAUGGGUUGAAUUAUGCAUUAAGUUUCUGGGAUAAGGAAGUUAGACAAAAAGGGAUUGAUUCAAUCAAGAAGAUUUAUUCAACUACAGUUACUAUUUUUGGUGGAUCAGAAGAAUUAGCUUUGUAUUCUCCAGUUUUCAGAUCGAUGUUUUACAAGUUUACUCAUUGUUGUUAUAAUGAAUAUUAUUAUGCUAAAUUAGGUGGUAUCUUAGGUCUUAAAACAAUGUUUCAUGAUUUGGGUAUACCUGCAAAAUGGUUCUUUAAGAGGCAAUUUGAAUUGGUAAGAUCAAUCUUUUUUAUAUUGAGAGAUACUCCAGAAACCGCACCACAUGAAGUUCGUGAAUCUGCUAAAACAUUGGUUUUGGAACUUUUGAAAACUUGUAAUACUGGAAUCACUAAGGAAACUGUCUUGGAAAAACCAUUUCAAACAUUAGUCGGGGCUUUGGUUUAUGAUUUAGCAAGUCCAACUCCAAUGGUUCGUGAAGUUGCUCAACAAGCUUUGAAAGUCUUAUCUGAAACAACUGGUGUUCCAAUUGCUUCAAUUAUGGGUCCAUGUAAACAUUUAUUAUUAACACCUAUAUUUGGAAAGCCAUUGAGAGCUUUACCAUUCCCAAUGCAAAUUGGAAAUAUAGAUGCAAUUACAUUUUGUUUAGCUUUACCAGAUACAUUUUUGACAUUUAAUGAAGAAUUGAAUAGAUUGUUGUUAGAAGCUUUGGCUUUGGUUGAUGCUGAAGAUGAAUCAUUAGCUAAUGUACAUCGUCUUUAUGAAUACCGUACUUCAAAACAAUUGAUUGAACUUAGAGUGGUUUGUAUCAAAUUGCUUUCAUUAGCUUUAACAAAACCAGAUUUUUCGUUGGGAUCUUUAGCUGAAGCAAGAAUUAGAAUAUUGGGGGUUUUCUUCAAGGCAUUGUGUAACAAAUCUACAGAAAUCAUUAAUGCUGCACAUCAAGGAUUAGCUUCAAGUUUGCAAGAGAAUGCAAAGUUACCUAAGGAAUUAUUACAGAAUGGAUUAAGACCUAUGCUUAUGAAUUUAUCUGAUCAUAAGAAAUUGACUGUGUCGGGAUUGGAAGCAUUAGCUAGAUUAUUAGAAUUGUUGAUUUCUUAUUUUAGAGUUGAAAUUGGUAGGAAAUUAUUAGAUCAUUUAAUGGCUUGGGCUCAGAUUAAUACAUUAAGACAAAUUGCUGGUCAAGAUUUAGAAAAUAAUCAUACGGUACAGAUUGUGAUGGCCAUUUUGAAUAUUUUCCAUUUGUUACCUGCCAAAGCAUAUACUUUUAUGGAAGAGAUUAUCAAUACUUUACAAUAUUUGGAAGGGCAUUUAGAUCGUCAUCAGGAUUCACCAUUUAGAAAACCAAUUUCGAAAUUUUUGAAUCGAUUUGCAGAAAAUUGUAUUGAAUACUUAGUUAAGAAUUUCAAGAAUAGAAAAUUGGGAAAUAUGUUGGCUAUGAUUGCUGGAAUGGAAGGUUGCGAAAAUAUUAGAAAGAUGGCAGAAGAUAAAAUUACAGUUUUAAUGGAUGAUAUUACCAAUGAAUCUGAUCAAGAAUUGAAAGUUAUUAAAUUUGCCAAUAUGAUUGAUUUAUUGGAAUCUAUAACUAAGCAUGAUAAUAGCUGGUUUGACAAUCAACGUGAAUUAUUAUUGAAGUUAUCAAAAAUCGUGGAAGAUAUAUCAGAUAUUAGAAAGGCACCAUUGAUUUCAGCAGCUCAUUUCCAAAGUGAUCAAGGAAUUGAAAAGUUACAGAGUAUUAUUGUGAAUUAUGUGACUAGAAACCCACAAGAAUUUGAUAUUGUGUUUAUGAUUGUCGAUCGUCAUUCUAGAUUGAAGUUGAAGAUUUCUGAUGUGGUAGAGAAUUAUCUUUUUAAUGAUAUUGUUGCAAGCAAGGAUAUUGAAACUAGAGAGAGAUUUUUGAAUAAGACUAUUGAAUUUGUGAGUGAAGCUGAUCCAUGUUUGAAAUCCAAGAUUUUCUUUUUGAAGAAAGUAUUCAAUCCAAUUUUCAUUUAUGAAUAUGAUAAGAAUGGGAAAGUAGAUGCAUUCUUUACUAAAGAACAUCCAGAAUGGUUAGAGAAAUUAAGCAAUAAUAUUUGGAAAUCGACCCAGGAUAUCAUUACUGAUCAUUCUUCAGGUUCGAUGGAUAGUUAUAGAUAUGCAUUACUUGAAGUGGCAGCACUAUUACUUAAAUUAGCACCAGCUUUCAUUAGUGAUUUACGUAAAGAUAUUAUUAAGUUCAGUUGGAAUUAUAUCAAGUUGGAAGAUAAUAUUACUAAACAAGUUGCCUAUGUCACUACAUCAUAUUUCAUUUCUGCUUAUGAGACUCCAGCUAAAUUGGCUACUCAAGUGUUUGUGGCACUUUUAAGAACUCAUCAAACUGAUUCUAGACAUUUGGUUAGACAAGCUUUAGAUAUUUUGGCUCCUGUUAUGUCCGAAAGAAUGAAGGAUACAGAUACUCCUGAAAGUUGGUUGAAAUGGCCUCGUCGUAUUAUUUCAGAAGAUGGAUUUAACGUGACUCAAGUUUUGAAUGUGUAUCAAUUUAUUGUUCAACAUCCAGAUUUAUUCUUUGUGGCUAGAGAACAUUUCAUUUCAAAUAUUAUUACUGCUAUGGGGAAAUUGACUAUUCUUGCUAAUCCUGCAAUUGAGAAUCAAGUGUUGGCUAUUGAAUUGGCAGAAUUGAUUUUAUACUGGGAAAGAAAAGCCAAAUCAUUGAAAGUGGAAGAGGAAGUGAAAGAUGAAGAAAAGGUUGAAGAAGAUCAAUUGGAAGAAAUCAAGGAUGAAGAAGGGGAACAACAGCAACAAGAGCAGCAAUCUCCUGAAGAAGACUCAAAAUUGAGUGAUGGGCAUGACUUUAUUACUUCUCCAAAUUAUUCAAUUCCAUUUGGUCAAAGAGAAGCAUGUGUAACUUUCUUGAUCAGAUAUGUUUGCAUCAGUCCACAAAGAGCUUCAGAAAGUGAAUUGGGUCAAAAAGCAUUAGGUAUAUUGUAUGAUUUAUUGAGUCCUGAACAUUGGCAUGAAGUGUCUGUUAAGCUUAGUUUCUUUGAAAAGUUCUUGCUUUCGAAUGAUUUGAAUUCUAAUAAUUUACUUGGGUAUUGCUUGAAUGCAUUGGAAGUUUUAGGUGUUGUUUUGGAAUGGAAGAAACCAGAGUGGAUUGUAUCUAAUCUUUCUUAUUUGCAGAAAUUACUUGAGAAAUGUAUCAGAUCAGAUAAUCAUGAUAUUCAAGAGGUUUUACAACGUGUAUUAUCUACUGUCCUUAAAGCCAUAAAUGAUCAAAAGGAAUCAGAAGAAGAGGAAGAGGAUGAAGAAGAAGAUGUUAAAGAGUUUAUUUCAUUGUUGACUUCUACGGUCUCUGAAGAUUUGGGAGAUAUGCCAUCAGUUGCUGCUGGUGUUACGUUAUCAUGGACAUUGGCCAACUAUAGACCUUCCACAUUGGAUCCAUUACUUCCACUGAUUAUGAAAACAUUUAGCAAACUUUGUAAGGAUCAUAUUACAAUUACUCAUCAAGGAUCAAAAUCAUCAUCCUCUUCUUCCAAGGAAGCUUCAAAUUCCGAAUAUGAAGCCAAGAUGACUACUAAAUUACUUGAAAAAAUUCUUAAUUUAUGUUCAAUGAGAAUUUCAAAUUUGGGAGAUCAAAGAAGAAUCUUUUUAUCAUUGUUGGCACAAUUAAUUGAACGUAGUUUGGAUAAGGAUACCCUUGAGAAGAUUAUCAAGAUUGUUAAGAAUUGGGUAUUUUCAAGAACUGAUUUAUUCCCAACCACUAAAGAAAAGGCUGCUAUUUUAUCCAAGAUGAUGGUUUUCGAAAUUAGAGGUGAACCUACAUUAUCUAAAGAAUUUUAUCAAAUCAUCGUUGACAUUUUUGAAGAUGAUACAUUUAGUUGUACUGAACUUACUGUCCGCAUGGAACAACCUUUCUUAGUGGGAACAAGAUCUGCUGAUGUUUCAAUUAGAAGAAAAUUAAUGUCAAUCUUGAAUAAUAGUUUGGAAAAAGAUGUGGCAAAGAGACUAUAUUAUGUUAUUCGUGAUCAAAACUGGGAGUUCUUAGCUGAUUAUCCAUGGUUGAAUCAAGCAUUGCAAUUGAUAUUUGGUUCGAUUAAUUAUGGAAAGAUUAUCAAACUUAUUGAUGGAGAAAACCAAUUGGCACCAUUAGAAGCUUAUCCAUUACCAAAACCAGAACACAAAAUGGAUGUUGAUCAUUCCAAUGAUGAAUUAAACCAGUUAUUGAACAAACAUUCUGAAUUUUUGAAAUCUGUUGGAGAUAUUAAGGCUGGUGAUAUUUUAGAAUCUUUAAUUGAUAUGUUCUAUCAAAGUAGUGAUACCAUUCAUAAGACAUGGGCUAGUAUUUUCCCAAUUGUAUUUGCAUCAAUUCCUCGUUCAGAACAUUUAGAUUUCACCAGAUUCUUAGUAAUUUUGUUAUCAAAGGAUUAUCAUACUCGUCAAAUAGAUAGUAGACCAAAUGUUAUUCAAUCAUUAUUGGAAGGUGUGGCUCGUUGUGAUGGAUUACAAUUACCACCAUUUGCAGUCGAAUGUCUUGCAGCUAAUUUUAAUGCCUGGUCUCAAGGUAUUCAUAUUCUUGAAAAGAUUGAUGAAGAAUCGGUAAAUGCAAAUGCAGAAGUUCGUGAAGUUACUCAAGAUGCAUUGGCGAAAUUAUAUGCUACUUUGAAAGAAGAUGAUAUUUUCUAUGGAUUAUGGAGAAGAAGAGCCAAAUAUGCUGAAACUAUUAGUGCUUUAUCAUAUGAACAAAUUGGACUUUGGGAUAAAGCUCAACAAUUGUAUGAAACUGCUCAGAUCAAGGCUAGAAGUGGUGCAUUACCAUAUGGAGAAUCAGAAUAUGCACUUUGGGAAGAUCAUUGGAUUUUAUGUUCUGAGAAAUUACAACAUUGGGAUAUUCUUACUGAUUUAGCUAGACAUGAAGGAUUUUCUGAUUUACUUUUAGAAUGUGGUUGGAGAGUUGCUGAUUGGUAUAAUGAUAGAGAAACUUUAGAUCAAACUGUUAAGAAUGUUAUGGAUGUUCCAACUCCACGUCGUCAAGUAUUCGAAACAUUCCUUUGUUUACAAGGGUUUGGACAAGAAAAGGAAACGUUGCAAGAUUUAUCUAGAUUAUGUGAUGAAGGUAUUCAAUUAGCAUUACGUAAAUGGCAUGGAUUACCACAAAGAUUUAAUAAUGCUCAUAUUCCAUUAUUGCAUACUUUCCAACAAUAUGUUGAAUUCAUGGAAGCAAGUCAAGUAUAUGCAAGUUUAGUUACUACAAAUGCUCAGAAUUUGGAUGUUAAAUCACAAGAAUUAAAGAGAGUAUUGCAGGUUUGGCGUGAAAGAUUACCUAAUAUUUGGGAUGAUAUUAAUAUUUGGAAUGAUUUAGUUACUUGGCGUCAACAUGCUUUCCAAGUUAUCAACAAAGUAUAUAUGCCAUUUAUUCCAAUUUUACAACAAUCAAAUGCUGGCGGUAAUGCCAAUUCGUAUGCUUAUCGUGGAUUCCAUGAAAUUGCUUGGGUUAUUAAUAGAUUUGCACAUGUUGCUAGAAAACACAAUAUGCCAGAGGUUUGUAUUAAGGAAUUAACUAGAAUUUAUCAAUUACCAAAUAUUGAAAUCCAAGAAGCAUUUUUGAAAUUGAAAGAACAAGUUAAAUGUCAUUAUCAAAAUCCAAAUGAAUUAAAUACUGGUCUUGAUGUUAUUAGUAAUACUAAUUUGGUUUAUUUUGCUACUCAACAAAAGGCAGAAUUUUUCACAUUGAAAGGGAUGUUUUUGAAUAAAUUGAAUCAAAAAGAUGAAGCCAAUAAAGCAUUUGCUACCUCAGUUCAAAUUGAUCUUAAUUUACCUAAAGCAUGGGCUGAAUGGGGUAUGUUCAAUGACCGUCGUUUCAAAGAAAAUCCAAAUGAUAUGGUUUAUGCCAAUAAUGCAAUUAGUUGUUACUUACAAGCUGCUGGUCUUUACAAGAAUGGUAAAACAAGGAAAUUAUUAGCUAGAAUCUUGUGGUUGAUAAGUUUGGAUGAUGCUUCAGGUACAUUAGCACAAGCAUUUGAAAAUUUCAGAGGAGAAGUUCCAGUUUGGUAUUGGAUUACAUUUAUUCCACAAUUAUUAUCUUCAUUAUCUCAUAAAGAGGCUAAAUUGGCGAAACAAGUAUUGGUUAGAAUUGCGAAGAGUUAUCCACAAGCAUUACAUUUCCAACUUAGGACAACAAAGGAAGAUUUUGCUGCUCAACAACGUCAAGCUAUUGAAAUUGCUCGUCAACAAGCUGCUGCUGCUGCAGCCGCUGCAGCAAGUCAAGAUGGUAAAACAGAACAACCAACUGAUGGAAAUACUGAAACUGCUGCAUCUCCGGUUAGAGCAAGAACUCAUUCACCACAAGUAUCACCUACUCAACAACAUCAAUCACCACCACAAAUGCUGCAAUCAUCACCACAACCACCACGUCCACAAUCCACCCAAAGCAACAGUAGCAAUAUUCAACAAUUUAGAAAUAACAUUCCAAAUUCAGUUCGUCAACCAUUGGAACAUGUUGAAGAGAUCAUGGGUAUUUUGAAGACUGCAUAUCCAUUAUUAGCACUUUCAUUGGAAUCAUUAGUUGAUCAAAUAAAUCAAAGGUUUAAAUGUACUGCAGAUGAAGAUGCGUAUAGAUUAGGUGUUGCAUUACUUAAUGAUGGUGUUCAAUAUUUGAAUAGAUUAGGAAAUCCACGUGAUGAUGCUAAAUUACCACCAAUCACUGAAGCUAAUAUUACAAGAUUUGCUGAAACUGUGUUACCUAAACAAAUCCGUGCAGAAUUUGAAAAAGAUUUAGUUAUUGGUAAACCUAAUUUGGAAACUUAUAUUAUUAAGUUAAGGAAAUGGCGUGAUAGAUUGGAAGAUAAAUUAGAUCGAAGAUUUUCUGAAGUUAAUUUAGAAAACUUAUGUCCACAUUUAAGUGAAUUUCAUCAUCAGAAAUUUGAAGAAAUUGAAGUACCAGGUCAAUAUUUGUUGAAUAAAGAUAAUAAUAGUCAUUUUGUCAAGAUUGAACGAUUCUUACCUACAAUUGAUUUAGCUCGUGGAACUAAUGCUUGUUAUAAGAGAUUAAGAAUUAGAGGACAUGAUGGUAGUUUACAUACAUUUGCAAUUCAAUUCCCAGCAGCUCGUCAUUGUCGUCGUGAAGAAUGUGUUUUCCAAUUGUUUAGAAUUUUCAAUGAUAGUAUUUCAAGAAAAGUGGAAACUCGUCGUCGUAAUAUUCAAUUUACUUUACCUGUUGCAGUACCAUUAUCACCUCAUAUUAGAAUUGUGAAUGAUGAUCCAAAGGAUAUUACAUUACAAAAGGUCUACGAAGAUUUCUGUAAGAAGAAUGGAAAGAGUCGUGAUGAACCAUUUAUUUAUACGAUUGAGAAAUUAAGAGCUGCUUAUGAUCAAAGAUUACCAAAACCAGAUUUAGCCAGUAUUAGAGUUGAAAUCUUAAGUGCAAUUCAAUCAUUAUUAAUUCCAUCUACAGUAUUAAAGAAUUAUUUUAUUGAAUUAUAUCCUAAUUUUGAAGAUUUUUGGUUAUUCCGUAAACAAUUCACUUCACAAUAUGCUUCAUUUAUUUUUACUACUUAUAUGAUGUGUGUUAAUGCUAGACAACCACAGAAGAUUCAUGUUAAUAUGGGAUCAGGAAAUGUUUGGACAUCAGAUAUGUUACCCUGUAAGAUGCCAAGUAAAGCCAAUACCACUUCAAGUGGUGAUGCUAAUGGUGGUGCCGCACCUGCCAAACCAACACCAAUUUUUGUUAAUGCUGAACAGGUUCCAUUUAGAUUGACUCCAAAUAUUCAAAAAUUAAUUGGUGAAAGUGGAUUAGAAGGAAUUUUGUCAGUAUAUGUUGCAUGUAUUGCUCGUGCUUUGAUGGAACCAGAAUCUGAUUUAGAACAAUAUUUAACAUUAUUUGUUAGAGAUGAAGUGAUUUCUUGGUUUGCUCAACAUGAUAGAUCUAGUCUUAGUGUUAAUGGUAGUAGUGCAAAUGCUGCUGCCAAUGAUAACCAAAUUCGUGAUGUUGUUAGGUUGAAUGUUGAUAGUAUUAUUAAGAGAGUUAUGACGAUGGGUCAUAUAUCUUCUGGAUCUGGGGUAGCUACUCAGAACAUUUUAGAAUUGAUUUCACAAGCUGUUAAUCCACGUAAUUUAGCAGCUGCUGAUACUUUAUGGAUGGCAUACUUUUAG